CAGCAUUUGAACACAGAACGCAUUCGCAUCUCAAGCAACUUGAGUCUCAACACUUAAAAAAAAACAAAAUCAAAGAUGGUGUCCAAAUCGUCUAUGUGCCUGCUAGUGUGCGUGGCGCUCAUGGUUAUUGUAUCGCAGCCACAGAACGCGGUUCAAGCAGACGUGCAUAUCGGCAGCUGCGUUUGGGGAGCCGUGGAUUAUACUUCGAACUGCAACGGAGAAUGCAAGCGUAGAGGUUACAAGGGAGGACAUUGUGGGAGCUUCGCUAAUGUCAACUGCUGGUGUGAGCAAUAAUCAAAAGGAUGAACUUCAAGAUUUACCAAAAAACACCAAAAUUCAUCUGGCUAUGAUGUCCAACCUAAGAAAACCUCAAGAAAUCGGCGGAUCAUCGUCACAAUUUCAAUGCCUGCAACUUGAUUAUACCUGAAGUGCCGAAAAUAUGUUGGUAUUGCUUUACGUUAAUGUUCUGGAUUCAUAUUUUAGGCACUGACUGCAUCUAUAUCUACGUUUGUGUGUUAGUUUGUUACUACUAACUAAAGUCACGAAUCAAAGUCAACUUCUUAGACUAGCAAUGUACGAUUGUCAAUGUUGUAUUUCUAUACAUAGCCGCCAUUUUACUUUAUUACCCGACUGGUUUUUUUGUGUGUCCUAUAAAAU